GCAAUGCACCAGGCCAGCCUCCGCCGUUGUCAUCCCAUUGGCCAGUUGCGCGUCGCCGUUUCUUCGACCUUUCGCGCAUCCCGUCCCGGGCCAGCCUCACCGCGAACAGAACGACCUAAAGUUGAGCGACAGCGCAUCGUCGCAUCUCGACAUUCACGACAACACACACUCCAAUCCACGCGACCCCGACACCGAACGAAGCGCGCAUCCGGGAAUUCCCCUUGCUGCGUAGCCGCGGCCAUUCUCUUCUUAUUUUCUUCUUUUUUUAUCUUUUUUUUGCGGCAUUGUCCCCCUCUCCUUUUUGUAUUCAAUUAUUCAAUAUGGCCGCUUCCCAAGUGUCCGCAUCGUCGGCCGCUGGCGGCGACGCUGACGGACCAUCAUCAACAGCCCCCGCGAGCGCCGCUUCAUCUUCAUCUGUUGCUCCCGCGACAGCCCCCCCGACAACCAAUGCCGCACCAUCCAAGUCCGCCACUCCUCAAGCCGAUGCGACCAGCACUCUCCCGACUCGCGACAAGGCGGCACUCGAUAGAGCCAUCGUUGAGCGCUUUCAGACACACGAUUGGAUCCAUUCCGCGGCCCUCAAGGAAGCUCAGAUCCGGCUCGAGAAGGACACCAAAGAUAUGCUUGCACGCGCCAGUGACUACCGCCAAUACCGCGACUUCUAUGCUGCCUUCCCUGCCAGGCUCUAUGGGGAGGGCUAUCGUGGCUACGGCAACGGCUACACCGAAAAUGGCUCCACGACAAAAAUCAUAUACCCAUCGCAGAAACCGCGCCCCGGUAGGAAGGCUACACCGGCCCUCAAGUUCGCCAAGAAGGACAUGAAGAAGCAGGCCGAGCAACACGAGGAACUAGUACCCGUCCGGAUAGACGUCGACUGGGACAAGAUCAAGCUGCGCGACACAUUCACCUUCAACCUUCACGAGCGCCUGGUGUCCGUCGAGCUCUUUGCUGCCCAGCUAAUUGAGGAUAUGGGGUUGAACCCAGGUACCGACAAACCAGUGUAUGACCACGUGGUGCAGCAAAUACACGAGCAGCUGAACGACUUCUACCCUUUCGCUUAUUCCGAGGAAGACGCCCUCGAUCCAGAGCUCCCGUAUUCGGCCUACAAGAACGACGAGAUGCGCAUCCUAGUCAAGCUUAAUAUCACGAUCGGGGCCCAUACGCUAGUCGACCAGUUUGAAUGGGAUGUAAAUAAUCCUAUGAACUCGCCCGAGGACUUCGCCACUAGCAUGGCGCGCGAUCUAUCGCUGUCGGGCGAAUUCACAACAGCAAUUGCGCACUGCAUACGCGAACAAGCACAACUAUUCACGCGCAGCUUGUACAGCGUUGGCCAUCCAUUCGACGGCCGCCCGAUCGAAGACGCCGACCUCGUAGCUGCGUUCCUCCCGACCCCCUUGCCCUCCGUUUUCAGGCCGCAGCAACAAGCAAAAGAUUACGCGCCAUAUCUGUACGAGAACACGGAAGCCGAGCUUGAGAGGACCGAGACCAUGUUCUCGCGCGAGCAACGGAGACAGAAGCGCUCUAUUAACCGGCGCGGCGGCCCUCAGUUGCCCGAUCUUAAAGAGCGGCAGAGGACGAUACGGACAUCCAUUGUUUCUUCGGUAUUGCCCGGCGCUGCGAUAGACGUCGAGGAUAGCCGUCUCUACAAGCGGGCGUUGGGCGGUGGCUUAACGGGGAGGGGCAAGCGGGCAGCUCGUGAUGGCGACCUGUCUGACUCCGAUGACAGUGACGACUCCGUUCCCGACUCACCCGCUAUGUCGCAGCUCCAGGGCACUGCCAGGACGAGGGGGAUGCGCGGUGCUGCCAGCGCGGCCGCUCAGCGCAUGGCAAACCUGGGGCGAUCUGAAACCCCCGAAGCGAUUAUCCACCACCACGAAACACGCACAUCCCGUCGCGUCGGCCGCGAAGCCACCCGAGAACAGACCGAAGAACCCCAGCAAUACAUUGUCACCCUCCACGUCAACCCCGCGAGACUACGAAAGCUCAUGCGCGAUCUACGGGCCAGACAAACCCCACACUCAUCCGCCACGCCCACGCUCACCCACCAACGAGCCCCGAGCGCUGCCGCCCCAGGCUCCAUGGGCCCCCCGUCCACCCCCUCCGCACCCAACCAACACCUUCCGCCUCGACCCAACAGCGUGCCAUCCCUCCAGGGCCAAAUAGGCCGCGUCCCUGCCCCGCCACCAGGGCCUAACGGAGCAAACCCAGACCCACCGCCCCCACCGCCCGACUGGCUGUCCGCCGCGCUAGCAGCCCUGCUCAAGUCGUACCCGACCGACUCGUUCGAGGCCAUGAUGCGCUACUGCGCCAUCAACACCGACACCAACGCCUUCGUCUCGCCCCUCGUCGCCGCCCCGCCCGGCGAACCCUUGCCCCCCAACAUCCAGUUCGCCUGGCUGCCCCGCAUCCGCUGCCGCGACUGCCCCGGCAAGUCCUACACCGCCGGCCCCGACACCACCGUCCAGAACUUCGAGGUCCAUCUCAAGAACCGUGCGCAUCGCGAGCGCGUGCUGGCGAGGCUGGGGAAGGGCAUGGUUCCGCAGGGGGGUGGGGCGUGAGGGGGUUGGUCUUUUUGGCUUGGGGUGGGUGGAGGUGUAUUGUGUUUGUGUUGCGAGAGAUCCAGG